UGCCUCCAUCUUCUCUUCCCUCUCGCAUUCCUCGUCAGGCAGCUUCCAUACAUUCCUAGCUCUUGCAUCACCUCCGCCUCUAUCCCAGCCAUCGAAACUCGCCUCCUCCAAGAUGCAGAACGAGGAAGGGCAGAACAUGGACCUCUACAUCCCCAGGAAAUGCUCCGCGACGAACCGUCUGAUCACCUCGAAGGACCACGCGUCCGUACAGAUAAACAUCGGGCACUUGGACGAGAGCGGAAUGUACACCGGACACUUCACGACCUUCGCACUAUGCGGAUUCGUCCGUGCUCAGGGAGAUGCUGACAGUGCUCUUGAUAGACUCUGGCAGAAGAAGAAGGCUGAGAUUCGUCAGUAGUAGUGAUGUUACGGCGUUACAAGUAAACCGAGAGUAGAAUUUUUACUGAGGUGACAAAUACGUUAUAGCUUUAUUCCCUCUACUUGAACUGAGUAAAAAGAUAGAUGAUGCCUAUUUGUCUUUGAUGUGUUUCUUUAUGCCAGCUGUGGCAGACCGGUUUUGGAAAUUUGGAGACCUGCCUCAUUUGCCCAUUUGAAUUAAUUAAUUUCUGUUGCCUCAUGCCAGGUCAAACUACAGAGAAGUCUGUUAGUAGUAGUUUUUAGAAAUUGAAAAAUCUCUCUUUAUCUAUA